AUGGGCUUCAGUGUCUCGGUUCGUGGGACGCAGGCGGCAGAGUGGGAUAAGAACACAUGGGGUCCGCUAGAAGAGCUUGCUCGGAACCAUCCGGAAGCUGGUGUUCAUUUCCAAGAAUGCGAAAUACAGAACCGUUCGAAAGAUGUCGGUUCUGCAACGGCUACCUGGUUCGCCGAGUUAUUGUCGCCAAACCCAUGGUUUAAAGGCGUGGUUCCAAAUUUUCGUCCAGUUCCCAAAGAAGAACUCGGAGCUGGUGUUGAUUCCGCAACACGGUUCACGUCCGUUUGUAUCAACACAGCUAUAUACCUGCCGUGGCUCGUCUCGCAAUGUUUGAAGAAUGGAGUCAUCUUCAAACGUGCAGUGUUCAAGCAUAUCUCAGAAGCCAGUCUGGCUCAGAUUCAUCCCGGGGAAAAGGUCGACUUGGUAGUGAACUGCACCGGCCUCUUGGCAUCGAGACUCGGUGGCGUUGAGGAUCAUUCUGUCGUGCCCGCGCGGGGACAGAUCGUACUCGUUCGAAACGAGGCUGGAAAGAUGUUGGAUAUUUCAGGGACUGAUGACGGGGAUAGUGAAGCUUGCUAUAUCAUGACCAGAGCAGCUGGCGGUGGUACUAUCUUGGGCGGCUCAUACCAAAAGGGCAAUUGGGAAUCUCAGGUUGACCCCAGCCUUGCAGUGCGUAUUAUGAAGAGGGCUGUGGAGUUAUGCCCAGCCCUCACUGGCGGCAAGGGAAUUGAGCACUUGGAUAUCAUCAGGCAUGGAGUUGGACUGAGACCGGUACGCGAAGGCGGCGCAAGAAUCGAGAAGCAGCGCAUCAACAAUGUGUGGGUGGUGCACAACUACGGCCACGGCGGCGCCGGAUACCAAUCGUCGUAUGGCUGCGCAGAGGCCGCUGUCAAACUCGUCCAAGAGGCAUUGAGCCCGAAAGCCAACUUGUAG